CUUCUGCUGCUGAACUGCCGAAAUAAAGGAAGAUGAAGAAAAUUGGGUUUCCUCUUGCUUCUCUGCCCACUGCCGAAACAAUGAAUGGGGGAAUAAUGUGAGAGUGGGAAUGUAGAUAGUGGAGUAAGUUGGUCUUCAAUAUUCCUCCACCAACAAUGACAAGAGAAUUUCAAAAAAAAAAAAAAAACAAUGACAAGAGAGAAUCAAACCAAAAAAGGGUGUGUGCCCCAAACCUUUAUAUAUAUUUUAUUUCUCCACUUGCAAAUGCUGCCAGCUUUUCCCCCCCAAAAAAAUUCUGCCAGGGCAACGCAUUUCAUGCAGACAGAGUACACUCGAAGGAAGCCAUGUAUCAGAAAUCCCGAUAUUUAGCUUAUUGAUUGAUGGACUUUCAAAAGACCGUUGCCUUCCAAACUCCAAGUUGGCGACUUCAAAUUCAAAAUGGGCAAUGAUUCUUGACGCCGCAGAAGAAGAAGUUUUUAUCUUCCACCAUCAGUUGAAGCAUUCAAAGCCUUUGAAACUCUUAGCCACAGGAACCACUCUCCAUUGAUAUUCUCCCGCCCGCAAAAUCUCAAGCUAUAAGGCUUUAACAACCUUUUCAGUAAGUUCAUUCUGUGCAGAGUCACUAUGGCGAACCAAUUCUAUCCGUGUCACCCAAACGGUGUCUCCUCUUCUCCCCAGAGCUGGGGAAACUGCUACUCUUCUCAUCCCUCUACCUCUGUGCCUCAUUCUCCCGGAAAUGCGCCUUUUUCCCCGAGUUGGAAUGAGGGGGAGGACGUGUUUCUUGCACCAUCAGUAGAAGCCAAACUUCAAGAAAUUUGCAUAAAACAGCGCCAAGAGCGUGCAGACACCAAUGCUAGAAGGUGUCUUGCUUCGAUAGGAGAGCAGGCUUCUCUAGAUGUUCUGGAAAAAAUCUCACCUUGCACGAUUCGAACAACACUCAGUCGUUUCAUUCUUUAUAUGGUGAAAAAGUAUUAUCCUCAGCAGCAUUCCACAUCAGGAAGCUUUUCCCACUCUCCGCAGAGAUACUUCAGUUCACCUUCCUCCUCAUGCUCUUCCAGCAAUUUUACUCCUCGAAACGUUCCUUCCCCUAGCAAUGCUGGUGAUGAGACCUUUGAAUCCAAAAUGUCAAAGCCAGAUAUACUAUCGCCUCAAUCAAGUGCCCGGAGUUUUAGUCACCACCCCCGGAUAUUAGAAUUUGAAGAGAGAGCAAAUGCUCUAGGAGUUAGUUACCAGUUGUCAGCACUAAGUGAGCUGGAAUUUAGAAAGUUCUUUCUAAUAUUGAACUAUAUUGGGAGGAAUAAAUUGGAGGAUGUAGUAACUCCAGAGGCUGCCAAUGAUAUUUUGUAUGUAGGAAAUCAGUCAAUGGCAGCUUUUGAGUCAUAUAUGUGGACCAAAUUCAGUCAUUUGUGUGAAGAUCAUGAAAGACUGCGGUAUAUUGAUUGGGAUUCCGGAAGGACUCAUAUUUACAAUUGUAAUGUUGAUUCCAAUGAAGAGUAUACAUUCAAGGGACCUUAUUUGAUAUCAGCAAGAACACAUCUCCAACAGGCAUUAGGAGAUGAGAAUGUAUUAAUUGUCAAGUUUUGGGAUGAUGCCCCUACUAAUGCCAGAAAAAUCAUUGAGAACGGUUUGCUUGUUGGUUUAAGACGCUAUCGCUUUUUUGUCUUUAAAGAUGAAGGAAAAGAGAAGAAAAGCAAUCCAAAAGACGGAAGAGCAACCACCUCUGUAAAAUGCUACUUUGUACGGAUGGAGACGCUUGGUCAUGCACAAGAAAGCUUUAUUUUGCAUGGAAAAACAGUCCAUGAUGCAAGGUGUCUUUUCAUGCAUGUGCACAUGGUGUCAAGCAUGGCUAAAUACAUGGCCAGGUUUUCUCUUAUUUUGUCAAAGACUGUCAAGCUCCCCAUCGACCUAGGACCUCUAAGUGAUGUGAAAAUACUUGAAAUUGAGGAUACAUAUUGCCGUGAUGAGUUUGGAUCCAUUAUCCUUGAUGAAGAUGGUGCACCGCUGAUACAAACUGAUGGUACGGGUUUUAUAUCAGAAGACUUAGCAAAGAAGUGCCCCAAAAACUUUUACAAAGUAAAGCACUUGAAUGAUGCCAAUUCUGAGAGAUUGAUCAAUGGUGGGAAGUUUGGAGAAGAAGAAUAUCAGAACAUGGAACCGCCCUUGAUAAUGCAAUGCCGUAUCUACACCAAGGGUCGUGCAGUUAAGGGAACACUUCUUGUCAACAGAAGGCUCCCAGAGAGCACAAUUCAUAUUAGACCCUCUAUGAUCAAGGUUGGUACAGAUCCAGAACUCCCGUGCACACAAAUAUUCGACUCACUUGAGAUAGUAGCAAUCAGUAAAAAGCCAAAGAAAGCUCAUCUUUCAAAAACUCUGAUUGCUCUCUUGAGCUAUGGAGGAGUUCCCAGGGAAUAUUUCUUGGACAUACUGAAGAGUGCAUUGGAAGAGACACAGAGGAUAUAUUCUGAUGAGAUCUUGGCACUAAAAGCUGCAUGCAAUUAUGAAGAUCUUGAUUAUGGUUCCAUAGCAAAAAGUAUGAUAUUGUCAGGAGUACCUCUAUCUGAACCAUAUCUUCAAUGUUGCAUAUCUUCGGCAACUAAGGCAGAAAAACGUCUGCUUAAAGAAGGAAAGCUUCCAAUUUCUGACAGCUUUUAUUUAAUAGGGACAGCCGACCCAACAGAGAAAGGGGUACUAAAUCGUGAUGAAGUUUGUGUUAUACUUGAUUAUGGCCAAAUUGUUGGGGAAGUCUUAGUCUACAGGAAUCCUGGGCUUCAUUUUGGGGACAUCCACAAAUUAAACGCUGUCUAUGUAAAGGAAAUUGAUGAGAUAGUUGGAAAUGCUAAAUAUGCUAUAUUCUUCUCCACAAAAGGCCAAAGAUCAGUGGCAAGUGAAAUUGCUAAUGGAGAUUUUGAUGGGGAUGUAUACUGGGUUUCUCUAAACUGCCAGCUGAUUGAAAAUUUCGGAGCAAGUAGCCCUUGGGAACGCUUCUAUUCAACUCCCAAGCCACUUAUGAGAAAGCCUAAUGAGAUUUCUCCUGAAGAAUUGGAGCACACACUCUUUCAGAUGUUUUUAGAAACAAGAAGGCCAAGCUAUAGUAUGUCUACUGCAGCUGACAGCUGGCUGGCUCUUAUGGAUAGACUCCUAGUAUUGGGUGAUAAUUGUGAGAGUGAAAUGGAAGCUAUAAUGGUAAAAAUGCUGGAGUUGAUAGAUUUAUACUAUGAUGCUCUAGAUGCCCCUAAAAGUGGAAAAAAGGUUAAUAUUCCCAAAGAUUUGAAGGUGUAUAAGUUACCACAUUUCAUGGGGAAACAACGAGACGCAUAUCACUCGACAUCUGUCUUGGGAGAAAUUUAUGACACUGUCGUGUCAUUUGAAACCAAAGCGCCGCCUCCUGUAGAAAUCACGACACUACCUUGCUUCGAUAUCAAGGUACCCGAUGAAUGCUUGAGGUCAUGGAGGAAGAGGUAUAACGAGUACAGAGCCGAGAUGACUGAGGCGUUGAGCUCCAAGGGUGAAUCACAAAAUGAUUUGGCAAACGAGGUGAUAAAAAAGUACAAGCGGUUGUUAUAUGGCGCGGAUGAGCUGGAAGAAAGCGAGAAGAGUAUGAAAGAUAUAUACGACAACGCCCUCGCAAUAUAUCAUGUUACUUAUGAUCAUGCAAUGCUAUUUAAAGAUGCUAAAAAAUGUGGUUUUGCAUGGAAAGUGGCUGGCUCUGCGCUCUGUAAACUUCAUGCAGAGCUUCAAGCAAAGGAGAACAAUGGGAAAGCCAUGAUUGUUUCUCCGGUCAUGUUGCAGAAAAUUUUGCAUCUGAAAGUGUAGAGCAAAAUAAUUAACCUAUGGAGAAUACUAACCAAGUAGAUUACUGCUAGAAUAUGUAAUGGUGUUUCAAUGUAUGUUGUAUUUAAAUAAGUUGUACUUAAAAAGAAACACAAUGCACUUAUCAAUUACAUAAUAUCAUUGCCUACAGCACUAACAAAAAUUCAUGUA